AUGUGUUCCAAUCAGCAAAAUCUGGUCGAAUGCUCCAGCACAACCGGCCUGCUAAACAGAUUGUGUAGUAGCUGCAGGUCAUGUUUUCCAUCCCAGUCUCCUUGGCCAUGGGUGAUGGAGUUCUUUCUGACGGAAGACAUAGACGGAGUAACCCUGCGAUACACUUCCAUCAUAGAUAUUCAUGGUUCUAUGCUGAGAGGAUGUCAUCUGUGUUCCUUAAUGUUAGCGGCAUUGGAAGGAGGAACAAUCAUCGAAAUGCCGUACGAGCCCUGGAUAAAUAACACUCAAUAUCAGAUACAGAUGCUCCCGGAUGUCGGAGGCUUUGUUAUGCAACUUAGGAACAUGGAAAUCGGCACAGUCACGGAUUUGCAUUUCAAACCCGUGUAUCCGUGCCCAAGCCCUGGACCAAGUCUUAGAUGGACGUUGCGCUCGGACGAAAUGGGAACACCCACUCGAAUAGACAAAGCGAUGACUUGCGUAGGAACUUCGACUAUGCGCCUGAUCGACAUCGGCAUGGAUUCAGAUUCAAAUAUCCACGUCAUUGAGGUUGACAGCAAAACAAAUACCUUGGAAUACAUAACCUUAAGCUAUCGAUGGAACACAGAAACAGGGAGAACAAGCCUUAGGAAAGAGAACAAACAGGAGUUUUACACGUCAAUCCCUACAAAUCGUUGGCCGCAGAUAUAUCGCGAUGCUGUAGUAGUAGCACGUCAACUUGGCGUUCGCUAUCUGUGGAUAGACUCACUUUGCAUUGUGCAAUACGACGACAACGACUGGGCAGACCAAGUGAUGUUAAUGGACAGCAUAUACAGCAAUGGGCUGCUGAAUCUUGCGGGUAUCCAAGCGGACAAAUUGCCAGGACUUGCCGCAGAUAGAAAUCCGUUGACAGUCGCGCCAUGUCUCUUGACAAAUGAUAUAGAGUCGGACGCUGUCAAGAACUGGCUUUGUUUCAGUCCUGACAAUAUACGACGCGUUGACAGCGCUCCUCUGUACAACAGAGGUUGGACUUUUCAGGAGCGCUUAUUAUCAAAGCGGACCGUUCAUUUUGGGGACCAACUCUUUUGGGAAUGCGCCUGUUUGCGAGCGUCUGAGACGUUUCCGCUGGGAACAGAUAACCCAGAUCAUCCCGAGGUCCUUGACGACGCGAUUAUUCGACUCAAGGUAGAGCUGCAAAAUUCGACGGAGUGCAGUGUACCAGGUGAAGACAUGCGACGCUCAGAACUCCCAUACCUCGGCCAUCCAGGCCUUCACAGGCUGUGGUGCACCAUUGUGCGAUGCUAUUCUCGGACGCAACUAUCGAAGGCCGGCGACAAGCUUGCGGCACUUAGGGGUGUCGUUGAUCGAGUUAUCCUUCGAUUUGGUCUCUCCAGGGAAGACUACACAGCUGGCCUAUGGAAACCAUGCCUUCUGCACCAACUGCUCUGGGCUCGAGAUGGGCCUGACUAUUCCGCUGCUCAUGAGCAACUUGCAACUUGCCUUGCAACCUACUUUCCUUCGUGGUCUUGGGCCAGCUGCCCUCUUGAAACAAGCUUCAUUCAGCUGGAGAGCGCCUUGGUGCGAUCGUUCGUCAAACUGGCUGACAUUCGACAUGCUGAAGACAAUGUAAAUUCCCCAGGUCUAGCGCAAAUAGUCCUCAGUGGUCGGCUUAUCGCAUGUCCAAACAUCACACGUCGGUUAGCUUUAAACGAGAGGUCACUGAUUUUCGAGGCAACGGCCAGUGUCGGCACUGGUAAAUCGAGUGCCAAGUUCAACCUGAAGGUAGAACUAGACGGGCCAUUUUCGCAUUCGUGUGAUCAAGUGGAUAUCCUGCCAGUGAUGCAACCAAUUGGUGGUAAUAUCUUGGGUCUUGUACUAAGUCUUCAGGGAAGUAGUAUGGGAAAGGCAUCAUAUCGUCGUCUUGGAGUGUUUGUGUGUGAUGCAACACCUUUGAAAGACCUGCUUUGGCUUUCAUGCGCGAUAACUAGGGAAGGCCUAACAUCACAGCUAGAGGCUUGUCUCGACACAUUGACGCCAUUUUGUAUCCUGUAG